UCAUUUUGUCCCGCGAGGGGGGCGGGGGGGGGGUAUAUAACGGUCGGUCUCCGUCAGAGCGGCACCGUCAGUGAGCAGCACACCGGCGCCAUGCUGCUCCUCCUCUGCCUCACGCUACUGACCGCCGCUCAAGGCUCCGCCUCCAAGGUGAGUGGAUCUGGAAGCACAGAGGUGCAGUUCGGUGGAGAAGCCCACUUUGAGUGUACAGUGGAUCCCGCCAAAGGUGUGCGGCAGGUGACCUGGCAAAGGUCGUUCAAGGACGAGUCCAUCGAGAACCUGGCCACCUUCAGCAGCCGCUUCGGGCAGGAGGUGAACGCGGCGUACCAGGGGAAGGUGGAGUUCACCAGGGCGGCCCUGAACUCCACCUCCAUCCGCCUGCGGAGCGUCUCCUGGGAGGAUGAGAGCUGCUACAUCUGUCUGUUCAACAUGUACCCCGACGGCUCCAAGAGGAAGCACACCUGUCUGACAGUUACAGGAGUCUCCUCUGUGAACACCAGCACGGCGCUCCUGCAGAAGGAGGAGGAGGAGCUCCACGCCUUCAGCUGCUCCGCCACAGGAAAACCAGCUCCAUCCAUCCACUGGGAGCUCCCCCCAGACGCCGCUGUGGACAACCAAACGGAGACCACCACCAGCAGGAACAGCGACGGCACCUUCACCAGCAGCCGCAGCGUCACGCUCAGAGCCCCGCCCGUCUGGAGCGGCAUGGUGGAUUGUGUCCUGAACCAGGGCACCAGCGGGGAAAGACGACGCAGGAUCAGAUCUGGAAAUCUGGAGGAGAUCACUAAAGAAUCCUCGGGGUCGGUCUCUCGGUCACACCUGGUGGUGAUCGCCACGGCCUCAUGCCUCGCCCUGUGCCUCGGCGCUGUCGCCGCUGCUGCUGCCCUCAGGUGCAAAAGCAGGUCGAAGAUGGCCACCCCGAUGGCAGAGGAGGUCUGAUCUGCGAUCAGUGCAGCUUCAGGCGGCGCUCUCUGAGGAGGAGCCGGCUGGUCCACGAACUUCAUCUGUGAAUAUGGAAAGUUUAUUUCCUCUGAUCAUUUGAUGAAACGCAGACUACGGUGCGCUCUAGUGAUCAAAAGCCUCUGAAAAUAGAAUUCAUUUCAACCCUUACCUCAAAAUAGGAGCCACAUUUAUUGUGUUUUUUGUCUUUGCACAUGCAUAUUAUGCACUUUAUUCAUAUUUAUGUUGUAUUUAUUGAUUAGAAAUAGUCUAUUUUAUUCAGCAUUUGUUGCACUGGAUUACUGACCUGUGGUUUAAUGUGACUUUCAAUUUCCGAUGUGACAGAGUUCAGUGUUUUCGUGUUCUAUGCAGAGCUCAGUUUUGAAAAGUUUCCUAGUAAAAACUCUGAAAAACUGUUUUUUCACUCUUUGUUGUUUAUUUAUAAAAGCUUUGAGAUCCA